AUGGAGAAGUUCACGCAAUUCCGAGAUCGAGGGUCGGGAAUCGCCCCUUUCCUCCCCAUUCCACCGCAGCCAGCAGGCUUUCAGCUACCUUUACGCGUCUUCCUCUUCUGUUUCCGUCUCCCGCUCUUUAUCUUUGUUUGCCUCGGUUACUUCCUCGUACUACAAUGGCUUCCGAUUGGAUCGCUCGGAAAAAAGGCGUCUCUGUGGUGUAUCCUGGGCGUGCCCAGCAUAUGGUGGAUUGAUCUUCAAGUAGACGGCGUGAGAAAAGGAUCGCUAUCGAAACAACACCAGGCGCGCCUUCCGGGCCCGGGCUCCGUUAUCGCCUCCUCAUUCACGUCCCCCAUCGACGCCGUAUACCUGGCCGCCAUAUUCGACCCGGUCUUCACCGCUUCCUAUCCGAACUCGCGGAAGGUCGAACACAUUUCGCUCUUCCAGGCGAUUCUACGUGCCUUUGCCGCUCCCCAACUGAGCCCGCCCCCGAAGGCGCGCUUGGUGGAUCUCGCAACUCUUGUAAAGAAAUUCCCCGGUCGACCCAUCGUUACCUUCCCCGAGUGCACGACUACCAACGCCCGAGGCAUCCUGCCCCCCAGUCCGUCGCUGCUGAGCGUGGCCCCAAAGACGAAGAUCUUCCCGGUCAGUCUGCGAUAUACCCCGGCGGACGUGGUGACGCCACUCCCCGGAAGUUAUUUGAGUUUCUUGUGGACGCUGCUUAGCAAGCCGACGCAUGGAAUCCGGGUGCGCAUUGCGGAAGGGGUGGUGAGUGAAACCGGUGGGGAAGGUGCUCCUGCGACGCGGAAGUCGACUUAUGACACCAACUACCUCGACACGCUGGACAAGGACAGUGCGUACGACUCUCUGGAUACGGGAGAGGAGUUGACGCGGGGUGAGAAGGCUCUGCUGGACACUGUGGCGGAUUCCCUGGCGCGCCUGGGGAGAGUGAAGCGGGUUGGAUUAGGCGUUCAGGACAAGAAUGAUUUCGUUCGCAUGUGGACGAAGACACGACGGACAUGGUGA